GACAGCGGACUUCUAUUCUUUCUUUCUUUCUUUCUUUCGCUGUCUCUGUCUUCACCAUGGGAUUACUUCAUCCUAUAGCAUACAUUGCAACUGGUCUUGCAUUUUGUUUCUUUAUCUUUAGCUUAGCAUGUGGUCUUUACUAUUUAGCAGAAUUGGUAGAGGAACACUCUGUCUAUACAAAAAAAAUGAUUAGAACAAUGACUUGUGUUGUCAUUUCAUUACAUGUGUUAUUUUGGAUAUUCGAUCGUCUACCAUUCUUCUACUUGUUAUUCUCAGUCCUAUGUCAUUUUGUCUAUAGUCUCAAUUUGAAGACGUUUCCUUUUAUCAACCUAUCCAGUAUUGCCUUUAUUAGCAGUUGUAUAUUGGUGUUUGCCGAUCAUUUUUUAUGGUUUAGAUACUUUACAGCCCAUUAUAAACCAUUUAUGGACAUUGCUGCAUUUUUCGGUCUUUGUGUAUGGCUCGUACCCUUUGCUUAUUUUAUCAGCUUGAGUGCAAAUGACAAUGCAUUACCUAUAAGUGAUCCGUCAUUUGUCGAUAAUAUCCCUCAUCAACAUAAGCAGGGACUAUUAAAGAUUUUGUUGGGUUACUUUGGAAUUAAACAACAAGAAGUGCCCAAUGGAAGUCUUGAUUAUACCAACAACACAAAUUAUCACCGUCCUGCUACAAACACUAUUACGACUCCUCAUGAAGGAAUACAAAACAGAAAGGCAAUCUAAAUAAAAUACACUUUAUUUAUUUUCUAGUCGACACUUUUUGAAUUUUAGAUAUACAACUGGAGCAAAGGCAUCAUCUGAGUGAGUGAUGUAUUCGACUUCCUCCCUAGAAAGAGAAAAAGUCAUUACUUGUGUAUA